AUGAGAUGCGUUUUGACACCAGGUGGUCCUUACAUACCUUUACCAAACGAAGAAAUUAUAGCAAGAGUGACGAAACAGGUUUUGGCUUUAUUCCCAUCAUCCCAAGGUAUAGAAGUCACUUGGUCAUCUGUUGCCAAAAUUUGGCAAUCUCUCUAUCAGGAGGCACCUGGAAAAGAUCCGUUUAGACCUGAUCGGAAGAGACCUGUAAAAAUUUCUUCCUUGCCGGAUCGUACACAAAACAAAACAGAUUUUCCGUGGUUGCCAUAUCGUACGAAGAAACGCCAAAAGAAGCAGAAUUAUCUUGAUCUUCUUUGGCACGACAAUGCUGGCUCUUCUGACGGCAUGGUGCCUCUGCAGCAGCAGCUAUUGUAUACUUAG